ACUGUUCCAUGUUUAAUUGAUGGAGAUCAUAAGGAGUUGGAGAAGAUAUAUUUUUCUUUGCACUGUAUUUGUCAUACACAUGAUGAUCAUGAUCUAUCCCACCAUUUCCCAGCUAGACUUCGCGAGAUCUUCAUGUCCAGACGCCGGCAACAACAGCACCCUUCCCAACAGCACUUACUGGAAAAAUCUAGAAACCCUACUUUCAACGGUGUCCUCCGAUCCCCAGUUGAUAAAUUACGGCUUUUACAAUCUGUCGGCUGGAGAGGGGACAGACAGAGUGAACUCCGUCGCGGUCUGCAUCGGAGAUAUUUCAAUGGAUAUGUGCAGGAUUUGCGUGAAGGAAUCGAGUAAGAAGAUUCUAACGGUUUGCCCCAAUGAGAAGGCGGGAAUCGUGUGGUACGAUCAAUGCUUACUUCGGUACUCAGGAAGUAGUGGAAAUUACGAUUGGGGAAUGAAGUCUAUUUUCAACGGAAAUAAGGCGUCGUCGGACCCGGAUAGGUUCGUUGAGGCAGUGAAGAGCUUGAUGGGGAGACUAAGAGAAGAGGCUGCAUCAGGGAAUCGGACUCGUAAACUGGGGAAGGGGGAGAUAUCGGUGGGGAAUGAAACUGUGUACGGGCUUGUGCAGUGCAUUCCCGACAUGUCGUCGAGGGAUUGCGAUAGGUGCGUUGGUGAGGGUUCGGUGCUGAUAUCUGAAGCGAGGAUGGGAGCAAGAAUAUUCAGAGGUGGUUGUGUUUUGAGAUAUGAAAACUAUACUUUCUUUAAUCCGACGCCCAAUAAUGGUUUUCCCUCCUCAUCUCCUCUCCCAACGCCAGGAGCCAAAAAAGGCGAAGGCAAAACUAUUGUUAUCAUAGUCAUAGUAGUGUCAAUUCUUUCUGCUGUCUUUCUUUUUGUUAGCAUUUUCUUCUUUUUGUGGAUGAGAAGACAUAAAUACAAAAUGCCAUCCGACGAAGUUCAAAGCAUUGCAUUCCAAGAAGCAACAGAUGAAAUUAGCGAUGUGGAGACUAUUCAACUUGAUUUUGAGACGAUCAAAGUAGCAACAAAUGUGUUCUCAGAUGAAAAUCAACUUGGACAAGGUGGAUUUGGAGUUGUCUACAAGGGAAAGUUGUGUAAUGGACAAGACAUAGCAGUGAAGAGGCUAUCAAGAGAUUCAAAUCAAGGAGACUUGGAAUUCAAAAAUGAAGUUCUUGUAAUGGCCAAGCUUCAACACAGGAACUUAGUUAGGCUGCUAGGGUUUAGUUUGGAUGGGAAUGAAAAGCUUCUCAUUUAUGAGUUUCUACCAAAUGCCAGCCUUGAUCACUUCAUCUUCGAUGUUGUCAGACGCACAAUUUUGGAUUGGCAAACACGAUACAAAAUUAUAAAUGGUAUUGCUCGAGGAUUGGUAUACCUCCAUGAAGACUCCCGUAUUCGAAUCGUUCAUCGUGAUCUUAAAGCUAGCAAUAUUUUGUUGGAUGAAAAUAUGAAUCCUAAGAUUGCAGACUUUGGCAUGGCAAAGUUAUUCAAAUUAGACGAGACUAGACGUCAUACUCAAAAAAUUGUGGGAACUUAUGGUUAUAUGGCUCCAGAAUAUGCAUAUCAUGGACAAUUCUCACCAAAAUCAGACGUGUUUAGUUUUGGAAUUCUAAUUCUUGAAAUUAUAAGUGGCCAGAAAAAUACUGAUUUUUGCAAUGACAACGGAGAGCGAGACAUAGAUCUUUUAAACUUUGCAUGGAAAAGUUGGAGGGCAGGAAAACCUGAAAAUGUAAUAGAUAAGAUACUAAUAUCAAGUUCGAACGUUGAAAUGAUAAGAUGUAUUCAAAUUGGAUUGUUAUGUGUUCAAGAGAACGUGGUGGAUCGACCAACAAUGGCUUCAGUAAUUUUGAUGCUAAACAGUUUCUCGCUUACACUCUCUCUUCCCUCUAAACCUGGCUUUCUUUUGUACAGUAAUAAUGACUGCUCAAAUGCACAUAAUUCCCAAACAGCUCCUCCUCCAGCUUCAAAAAAUGAAAUAUCAUGUUUCUAUAACGCCACUUCCGGCCACGACCCCGACCGAGCCACUGCUCUCGCUCUUUGCCGCGGAGGCGUUCCCUUAGAACAAUGUAGAACCUGUGUCUAUAACUCCACCCUCAGAAUCCUUCAAGAUUGUCCAAACCAGAAAGAAGCUGCUGUGUGGUAUCAAGAUUGUCAAAUUCGUUACUCAAACAACUCUAUUUAUGGCGUGGAAGACAGCACUCCCCAGAUUUUCUUCUGGAACUUUCGAACAGCGGAAGAUCCGGUGGGGUUCAAUGAUGCGUUAUGGAAUUUGCUUGACCGGCUGAGGAAGGAGGCGGCGUUGGGGACCUCUGUUCUGAAGUCGGCUUGGGGAGGGGAGAAGAUUCGAAAUCGGAGUGUGGAUAUAUUAUAUGGAUUGGUUGAUUGCUAUCCUGAUUUGUCUUAUUUGGGUUGUUUUGAUUGCCUUCGGAAUCUUCAAACUGUUAUUCCAAGUUGUUGUAAUGCGAGUAUAGGGGUGAGAUUAAUUGCAACUAGUUGUCAACUCAAUUAUGAGCUCCACCCCAUUUAUCCCUUUCCUCCAUCUCCACUCCCGCCUUCUUCUCCUCCGGCCUUGCUGUCUCCAUCUUCAUCUCCGAAACCUGGAAAUAACGACAAUACUGGUAGAACUAGAACUAUUGUCAUCAUCACAGUGACCGUCGUUUCUGCUGCCAUUUUUCUUGUUGCCCUUUUUAUCAUUUUGAUAUUGAGGAAGCAAAAUCACAAGAGACCAUCAGACAAUUUUGAAGAUAUAUCCGUUGGAGAUACCGAUAAUGAAAUUAGCAGUGUGGAGACGAUUCAAUUUGAUUUUGAUAGCAUUAAAGCCGCAACAAAUGACUUCGCAAGCGAAAACAAGCUUGGACAAGGUGGAUUUGGAGUUGUUUAUAAGGGUAAGUUACCUAAUGGACAACUUAUAGCUGUGAAGAGGCUUGCGAAGAAUUCACAUCAAGGAGAUGUUGAAUUCAAAAAUGAAGUCCUAUUGGUGCUGAAGCUUCAACAUCGAAACUUGGUUAGGCUAUUGGGAUUCUGUUCGCAACAAACCGAAAGACUUCUCAUAUAUGAGUUUGUACAAAAUGGCAGUCUUGACCACCUUCUAUUUGAUUCUGAAAAGCGGAGACUUUUAGACUGGGAAACGCGUUACAAAAUCAUAAAUGGCAUUGCACGAGGACUUCUUUACCUUCACGAAGAUUCUCAAAUUCGAAUUGUACAUCGUGAUCUUAAGCCUAGCAACAUUUUGUUAGAUGUAGAUAUGAAUUCAAAGAUUUCAGAUUUUGGUAUGGCAAGAUUGUUCGAAGUAGAUCAGACUCGAGGCAAUACAAGUAGAAUUGUGGGAACUUAUGGUUAUAUGGCUCCGGAGUAUGCGAUACAUGGACAUUUCUCAGUAAAAUCAGAUGUCUUUAGUUUUGGUGUUUUGGUCCUUGAAAUUAUAAGUGGUAGAAAAAAUAACAAUUUUUACAAUGGAGAAGCCUUGGAAGAUCUCACAAGCUUCGCAUGGACAAAUUGGAGAGCAGGAACAACUUUGAAUGUCAUAGAUUCAACACUUACCUCUAGUUUAAGAUUUGAUAUGAUAAGAUGCAUUCACAUUGGACUAUUGUGUGUACAAGAAAAUAUAGCAAAUCGACCGACAAUGACUUCCAUAGUUAUGAUGCUAAGUAGUGCUUCCCUCACUCUUCCUAUACCCUCUAAACCAGCAUUUUUUAUGCAUACUACUACAAAUAGAUAUGACACAACAUUAAGAUCAGACGAAUCUAAUAGUGAAAGUCUGUCUGAUCAACAUUCGAGAAAUAAUACUUCAAUCACAGAGAUUCAUCCUCGUUAGAUUGUCAUCAUCUGUGGUCGUAAAGUAUUUGUUAUUUGAAUGGUUGUUUUUUUUUUUUAUAGAACUAUCAUUAAAAAAAUUGCAAUAUUUUAUUAUAUUUGUAAAUAGUUUCAAAAUCUCAAUGAUUCAAUGUAAUUUUUCAUGAUUAAAAGUA